UCUCACUGCCCCCUGCCGAGCCCCCAGCUGCCCUCUGGAGCUGCUGGCCAGUGGUCAGGGGGCUCUGGGAACUCAGGGAUGGCAACUCCCACGUUCCAGGAACCAUCAGGACAUGAGGGUCACAGGCCUCCCUUUCCCUUCUAUCCCUGUUUGCCCUGAAGGACCCAUUCUGAAAAGAUGCAGGUCCAUGGUACCUGCCUUAGAAACCAGAGGCUGGGUGUGUGGGGGUGAGUAGAGGGGCUGCGUGUGUGCCAAUGUGCACAGCUCAGAAGUGAAGCCUAGUGCCUGGUGGGGACUGGGAUGCUGUUCACAGGGGCUCAGCUCUGUCCCUCAGUCUAACCCUCCUCACUUCUCUCUGGACCGAAAAACAGAGGACUCAGGCUAGACUAGGAGUUCUUACUGAGUGUGGGGUACAGCCCAAAUUAUAUGUACAUGUGCAAAGGCCUUUCUUGUGGGGAGGGGCCAUAGCUUUCAUCAGUUUGCCCAAAGUCUAAGCGCCUCUGCCCCAGCCCUCUGAUCCAACCCUGACUGUUCCAGAGAGCCUGCUAGACUCCCACCAGGAAAGAGGAAGCAGCAGUAGGGCUGCAGCCAGUCCUCAGGGUCCCAGAGGAAGGUGGCUCCUGCAAAGACCACUCUGAAGUUUUCUUUUGGUGGCAGAGAAGCUGCCAUCUCUGGUUGGUGGGAAGCCCUAAGGCCCUGAGUCUGGGGACAGAACGGGAAGAAUGGGACCCCUAGGGUCAAUCAAAGGACAUAGUGGGCCUCAGAGGCCUGACUCCUGGUCCCCUCUCCCCUCUGUGGGCAUGUCCCCUCAGUCUGCCUUUCUGUGGGAGGAGGGGCAGGCCCAUAUGCUCUGUUCUCUGGCUCAGCCCUGACUCUCCUCUUCCCUGUCCUAGGCCUUGGGUGGGUGGCAGGCCCCUUCCUGCUGGCCCUCUGGUGCCCCUCUCUCUCUCUCUGGCCCUGCCCCACCCCUGCCAAUCUGUGAACCUCCCAGGAGCCUUGGUACCCUGUGAGUCCCCUGGGAGACCCUGGGCCAAACUGAGAGCCCAGGACCCUGGGAGGAGCAGCCAGCUGUAAGGCGUCAUGGAAUCCCUUCCAAGGGAGACCCCUCCAGAGACCCCCAGGAAGACAUCAUCACAAGCACAGGUGCAGGAACCCCUCAUGGACCCAGACAAGCAGCCCCUGCAGAUGCUCCCUCCGGAUGAGUCCCUGCCUGAAGACUCUGGCCUCCAGGAGUCUUCCGGCAUAUAUACUCUCUAUGUGGGUCACCUGAACCCCCAGUUCUCAGUUCCCGUGCUUGCCUGCUUGCUGCGGGACACCCUGGAGCGGCUGGACCUGCGGGUGACACGGGAGCACAUCGAGGUGGUGAAGCGGCCUGGGAAGGCCUAUGCACUGGUGCAGGUGACCACCCACAAGGAGACCCUGGCCGCCCUGACCUGGCGCCUGAAUUUGGCCCUGGAGGAGCACCAGAUCCUCAAGGAGCUGGUGGCCCGCGGGAAGGAGCUGGUGUUGAGUGAGAGCCGUAGGCCGUUCAACCGCAGGGAGGAGGACGACAAUGGCCUGAGCCCCACCCCUGAUCUCAACUCUGGUCCGGGCUGCCGCCCCAGACCUAGCCUCAGACAGGGCUCCGGCCGUCAGCCAGCUGAGCUCGCCCACACCUCACCUGUCUGGGUCCACGCCCCGCAAUGGCGGCCCUCCCAGGGACGGCCCAGCGGGACACGCUCAGACAGCGACAUCGUGAACCAGGAGAUCCUGGGCCAGGAGCGGCUCUUCCAAGGCUCCUUCCUGGGCAGCGAGACACGCAACGUGGAGUUCAAGCGGGGCAGCGGCGAGUACCUGAACCUGACCUUCAAGCACCAUGUGCGGCGCUACGUGUGCGCCUUCCUCAACAGUGAGGGCGGCAGCCUGUUCGUGGGAGUCGAGGACAAUGGCCUGGUACAGGGCACCCGCUGUAGCCACCGCGGUGAGGACCGUGUGCGCCUGCUGGUGGACUCUGUCCUGCAGGGCUUCAAGCCCCAAGUCUUCCCCAAUGCCUACACGCUCAGCUUCAUCCCCGUGGUCAGCACCACCAUGACCAGCACCCCCCUCAAGGUGAUCCGUCUGAGCGUGCGUGUCCCCAAGGCCCAAGCCGAGCCACGGCUCUACGAGACAGACCAGGGGGAGGUGUUCCUGCGGCGUGAUGGGAGCACCCAGGGCCCGCUGUCCAUCCACGACAUCCAGGAGUGGUGCAGGCAGAAGUGGAUGGCAGAGCUGAGCAAGCUGGAGACGAAGGUGAAGGCACUGACGAUGGAGAAGGAAAAGCUCGAGCAACAGCUGCAGUUACACAGGCCCCGCUCCUGCUUCUGCUGCGUCCUGUGAGGCAGCAGCAACACGUGGGCUCCAGCAACCCAACUCUGUGCAGGAGACCGAGCCAGUCCUGGGUGCCUACCACAUGGAGCUGCUGGGGAAGGAGACCAGACAGUCCAGUCCCGCUCUGCCUUAAAGGGCAGUUCAAGGUACUAAGAAACAAACUGCUAUACUACUUCACCUAUAAGAUAGUGACAGUGGCCAGAACAGGGCAUGCUGAUAACAUCAGGGUGAUGCCCUGUCUCUCCAACACCUACCAGCACUUGCCCAGAAAGGGUGUGACUUCCAUUCCAUGCACCCUGCAGCCACUGGAGAGGAUUCCUAUUCUAGCCAAUUCCCCCACCAUGUCCACCAGCAGAGCCACUCUAUAAAGCCAAUGUCUGAUCAUGCCUGGGCUCAGAGGCCUCCAUGAGCUCCCCACUCCAUCAAAAACAAAGCCUGAAUAACGGUCUGCAUGAUUCUCCUCUUGGCCCACUGACAACUCCUCUUCCUGCUCCAUGCUCAGGCCUCCAGCUACACCGACCAACCUGUGUCAUUUCACAAGCAAACUUACCUCAGGGCCUUUGCUCUGGUUGCUUCCCCCGCCUGAAAUACACCUCCCCAGAGACUGCAUGACUAUUUCCCUUUUUCUCUACCUCAAGUGGAAAGAUUUCUACCCACCCUAUUUUAAACUAGAACCCCCACCCCAGCACUGCCAUCCCUCUUCCUACUUCCAGCUUCUUAACCCAGAGUGCCUGCCAGUCACACUCUAGCUUGUAUUUGUCAUCCCCUCCCCUGUCCCACUCUCUGGAUUGCAGCCCCGAAACAGGGAUUUUGGGUGCUUUGUUCACUGCUGUAAAUUCAGACCCACAACUGGGUUGGCAUGUGGUUAAGCACCCAACAAACAUUUGCUGAUUAAAUAUCAAGGAUACUCCUAAAUUGAGUUUGAGCCACUAGAAAAUCAGCAUUGUCAAAUAGGGCAUCUCACUGGGUCCACAGGACACACUUCACUUGAUCCCCUCUCCUGCCCUUGGUCACAUCCAUGAACUAGACAGAAUAGGCUUUGCAACCACAGCCCCUCCCCACCACUGCCAGGAGACCCACCUCAGGCAAUCAUGACUGCUCCAAGUUGGUUUUCUCACGUAUCUAAAAGGAUACAACUUCGACCUUGGCAACACACACUGGUUAUAGGGACCAAGUGUGACACUGGCCAUCUACCUGGUGAGACAGGACCAACUCCUAUUGCUCACCCACCCCCAGGACCACCCAUCCCUAGAACCUGAAGCUAGCUUCAGAGGCCACUUGGGAACUGCAGAGGCCUCACAGAGGGGAGCCAUUUCUGAGCACCAUGCACAUACCAGGCCUCCCUGUGCUCAGAAUUCUUGCUUUUUAAUUUUUGCAGUUAUAUCUUGCUCUUCCAUGUGUGCGCAUUCCACUCACCCUCCAAACCACCUGUGCCCAGACCCCAGAAAUGCUUUCAUUUGAAGAGUUGGGUUCUAGGAAGGCAGGGUAAGGUCAUGUUGUAGUUCAGCUGCUCCAGAUGUUAAGAACCUGCUGGGAGGUUUCCUCCCCCCGAAGCCUCUGGGCCCUGGUCAGUAGACACAGGGUUGGAAGGCUACCCCCACCCCGUACAGUCCCACCAUUCGUCACAGCUGGGCUCGUUGGGCUGUGCAAACCCUGGGAAGCUGUCUGGGGCCCCUUUCCCAGAAAGCUCUGCAGGUGGCCAGAGCUUUUCACUAUUGUGGGGAGCACAGCAAUCACCAGCAGGCACGUCACCAAUUCCCUCCAAUUUGGAGAAUGGCUUUUAUAAAAAUGAUUGAAGACGGGGUAGGGGAAAAAGUUAGAACCACACCCAGAUUAGCUGCAUUCAAAGUACCAAGCCACAUUCUAAGUGAAGACAUUUUA